UCCAGUUCCGGAAAUCACAUCAUCGACACGAUAACAUCAACAUCGUUUUAUUAGCUAGCUACCUAACGUUAAAAAUUAUUAAAAGUAUACAUUAUUGGAUUGCCGCUUAGCUAAGAAGAGGGUAUGAAUUAACCGUUUGGGAUCGACUUCUCACCGGUCAAGCGUGAAGGCUCAGCAUGUGCACGUCAGGAAAGUACAGUUCACGGGGCCCAGCUCUGAUUCCACGGAUGAAGACCAAGCACCGCAUCUACUACAUCACCCUGUUCUCUGUGGUGCUGCUGGGACUCAUCGCCACAGGGAUGUUCCAGUUCUGGCCACACUCCAUCGAAUCAACGGCAGACUGGAGCCUGGACCGACGCAGCGUGCACGAUGCACCUCUAGUCCGACUGCCUGUGUCCAACCCUAUUCCUGAGAGAGGGGACCUUAGCUGCCGAAUGCACACAUGUUUUGAUGUGUAUCGAUGUGGCUACAACCCUAAGAAUAGAAUCAAGGUGUACAUCUAUCCUCUGCAGCGUUUUGUGGAUGAGGUAGGAGUGCCCAUCAGCAGCACAGGCCUGUCCCGAGAGUACAAUGACCUGCUCAGUGCCAUCUCUGACAGUGAGUUCUACACUGACGACGUCACCAGGGCAUGCCUGUUCGUCCCCUCUAUCGAUGUGCUCAAUCAGAACUCUCUGCGCAUUCGGGAGACUGCCCAGGCUCUGGCCAUGCUCCCCAGGUGGGAGAAAGGGAUGAACCACCUUCUGUUCAACAUGUUACCUGGAGGACCUCCAGACUACAACACAGCCCUUGAUGUGCCAAGAGACAGGGCUCUGCUUGCAGGGGGAGGCUUCUCCACGUGGACCUACAGGCAGGGUUAUGACGUCAGCAUCCCUGUGUACAGCCCUCUGUCUGCAGAUGUGGAGCUGCCCGAGAGACAGCCUGGGCCCCGGCGCUACUUCAUCCUGUCAUCUCAGACGGCCAUCCACCGUGAGUACCGGGCAGAGCUGGAGAGGCUGAAGGAGGAGAACGGGGAGGCCCUGCUCCUCCUGGACAAGUGCAGCAACCUCUCUCAGGGAGCUGCCUCAGCUAGGAAACGCUGCUACAAGGGCCAGGUGUUCGACUACCCCCAGAUCCUCCAGGAGUCGUCGUUCUGUGUGGUGCUGCGCGGGGCUCGGCUGGGACAGGCCACCCUCAGUGAUGUGCUGCAGGCUGGCUGUGUCCCUGUCAUCCUAGCAGACUCAUACAUCCUGCCCUUCUCUGAGGUCCUCGACUGGAAGAGGGCAUCCGUGGUCAUUCCAGAGGAGAAGCUCCCAGAGAUGUACACGAUCCUGAAGAGUAUCCCUCACAGGCAGGUGGAGGAGAUGCAAAGACAGUCCCGCUGGUUCUGGGACGCUUACUUCAGCUCCAUGAAGGCCAUCGGCAUGACAACGCUUCAGAUCAUCAAUGACCGCAUCUACCCCUAUGCUGCACGCACCUACGAACAGUGGAACAACCCCCCUGUGGUGAAGUGGUCGAGUGUGAACAGCCCCCUGUUCCUGCCUCUCAUCCCACCGAGGUCCCCAGGGUUCACUGCUGUGGUGCUGACCUAUGACCGCAUCGAGAGCCUCUUCCGGGUCAUCACUGAGAUCGCCAAGGUUCCCAGCCUGGCCAAGCUACUGGUGGUGUGGAACAACCAGAACAAGAGUCCCCCUGACGAGUCUCUAUGGCCAAAGAUUGGCGUACCUCUCAAGGUGGUGCGCACCAAAGAGAACAAGCUCAGCAACCGCUUCUUCCCCUACGACGAGAUCGAGACGGAGGCUGUGCUGGCCAUCGAUGACGACAUCAUCAUGCUGACGUCUGACGAACUGCAGUUUGGCUACGAGGUGUGGAGGGAGUUCUCAGACCGGCUGGUGGGGUACCCGGGUCGGCUCCACCUGUGGGACCAUGAGAUGGGGAAGUGGAAGUACGAGUCAGAGUGGACCAACGAAGUAUCCAUGGUUCUGACUGGAGCAGCCUUCUACCACAAGUACUUUAACUACCUGUACACGUACAAGAUGCCAGGAGACAUCAAGAACUGGGUGGACGCCCAUAUGAACUGUGAGGAUAUCGCCAUGAACUUCCUGGUGGCCAACAUCACUGGCAAAGCCCCCAUAAAGGUGACCCCAAGGAAGAAGUUCAAGUGUCCUGAGUGCACAGCCAUUGACGGUCUGUCCCUGGACCAGACACACAUGGUAGAGAGAUCGGAGUGCAUCAACAAGUUUGCGUCGGUGUUUGGCACCAUGCCCCUGAAGGUAGUGGAACACCGUGCAGACCCAGUCCUCUACAAGGACGACUUCCCAGAGAAGCUCAAGAGUUUCCCCAACAUCGGCAGUCUCUGACCGGACAGGGCUGUGGCCCAACAACCCCCAGACACCCAUACAUACCCAGCAUCUAGUUCAGGGGAGACAUAAACUCUUAUAUCUCUGUCAUAUAGAACUAUCUGGAAGGUUGUUGUUGAUCUCUGUAGGGUGGUGUGGGGGUGGGAGCCUGUAUUGUUACCUUUCCUAAAGACUGGUUUGUAGUGGCUGUAAGUCACUCUGGAUAAGAGCGUCUGCUAAAUGACGAAAAUGUAAAAUGUAGUGAAAGUGGUGAGAGGUGAGGGGUGUGUGCUCAUUGGUUGACUGGACAGAAUCCACUGCGCUGGAGAUGAAUCCACUGUGCGACUGAGAGAUGACUAAGCUAUGGCCACCAUUACUACUGUAUUAGAGCCAGAGGCCCCGUGGGCUCUUUGGCUGAUCUGGGAUCAGUGUAUAUAAAUCACAGCAGUGCUAGAUUUUAAUGUAGCAUGGUGAGUCAGGAACACUGUCUGCCAAGCACAUGGGGGAGGGGGAUGUGUAAUAUGUUGAAACCCCAUAGAAAUAAUAUAUCCCAUGUCAUUUAUCUGAUGAAUUUUUUAAAUGAUAAAUAGAUGAAAAACAAGCUAGUGUUAGAGGGUGCUCUCGACAAAGAUCAUUUCAUGGCAUGAGCUAUUUAAUGUGGUUAGUGUGAGCACUGCAGAGGUGCAUGGUCAGCUUUCUCUGCAUAGAGGACAUAUUGCGAAUAAUAUGUACACAAUAUAUAUUUAAUGCCAAUUGUUCUACUGCUAACACUUUUCAAAAGAAUGACCGGUAUCUGGACAUUUUAAUUACUUUUUUUAAGUGUUGUGCUGCAUAAUAUCUAAACUAUUGCAGUAACAUCUAGUCUGGUAUAGUAGUGAAGCUACUUUAAUUAAUGUGGUGACAUUGGACUGUCUGCUUCAUGGAGAUGUCUCUUUUUGUUUUAUCCUACUGUUAGAAGUCUGUGUAGGCUUGCUCAUCUCUCCUAGCGUUUCAAGUUCAAGUCAGCACACACUUUUUAAGAUGUCAAUAUUGCCUUUGUUUUAGUUUUUUACAUUCAUAAGAAUUGUUUGUGAUAAAUGUGUCCCAAAAUAUAUAUAUAUAUAUAUAUAAUUACUUUGUAAAGAAAUUGACGAAAUACAUGCUAAAUAAAGAUAAUGUUUUUCAUA